AUGUACUAUUCCUGUCUUGCCUUCUCAGCAUCAGCUCUGAAACGGCACCUCGAAGGCUAUAUUUCCCUUGGUCUCCCGCGGCUGGAUUUAGAGUCGUGCGCUCCCCUUGUGGACGCUCUUCUCGUUUCCCUCAAACUUUUGCCAUUCCAGGAGCCAGGUUAUAAUACCAAUGAGAUGCGGAGUAUAGUCACGGGAGAAAGUGCUGGUGGGGGCUUUUCAGAACACAGUUUGCACAGUAUAAUGUGCUGGGCCGACCAUCACGAUUCAACCCAAUCCGCUGGGCCGUAUUUGUCGUUGCUCGCAAGAUUACGGAGCGACAGAACAUUACAAGACAUAUGGGACCGGACGACGAAAAGACUAGGUCCUGAUUCACCUCACACUUUCCAGUCGGCUUAUGGCUGUGUGGAAGCUCUUGUCGAAGUUGGAAGCCAUAGAAAAGCUGUAACCUAUCUCAGACAGAUAUCAAAAUGCGCCAAUGGUAAUCUACCAGGUCUAUCUAACUUCAAGGGUUUAAGAGGUCUCCUCGCAGCCGAACGAGUGGCCCAUGCAAUUCCACAGCUUGCGGGGAAGGAGUAUCCUAGCAUUCUUGAAGCGCAACUAGAAGAUAUGGAGAAGAGACUCGGAGUUACUUGGAAUAGACGGAAAUCGGUCCAUACGAGCAUCUCCAACCCGCUCUACGUCAGUUCUGAACAACCGCUCCUGACAAUCGAUGGCGACAGUGCAGGGUAUGAUAGCAACAUGCGCCUAAUCGCAGAGAUUGAAGCUCUCGGAUGUUCAAAAUCGAUGCUGGAGCUAGGCAGGAUCGCUAACCUGCUGGACGAAUUUGAAGGGGAUCAGAUUCGCGUCCCCAUACCGUAUAAGGAUGCUGCACCUUAUGACUUCGCUUGGUUUCCACAGCGGUCCCCGAUUGAAUUACCAAACAACACUUUGCCCGUAGGAAUUGACCAGUUUAGUGUGCGGCCGUCCUCGGCUUUGGGAUUACUUCGUGUCAGACCACACAGCCAUGGGAUAUCCCUAGCGUCUGAAUGUUGCCUACAUCUGAUGCAGCUUGGCUACCUGGUCGCGAGGCCCAAAUCGGCCCAAACUUGGGAAGAGACAGGCCAUAUCGUGACUUGGGACCGUGCCUUUGGUCGAUUCGUUGCCGUUUUUGUUGGGAAAAGCUGUGGAGCUCUAGAUGCUGAGAAACAGUGGAUCGUCCCAAACCCAUUGUUUGGCCUCGAUGCAGUUAUGAGGGUCUCUCCUGGAAAUGAUCUACCCGAACAGAAGGAUACCAAUCCUCCAUUCAGACAUUCUUACCCAGUGUACUAUGUGGACGCAGACCCAGGACCAGAUCUCGUAUAA